CUGUCUAAAAAAGCGCCCCGGCGGGCGAGCGGGCGACAGGGCGGGCGACGGCAACAGCAGCGGCCGCAGCCGGAGCAGGACGUGCCCCGCCGCCGACAUGGUGUCCCCCGUCACCGUGGUGAAGAGUGAAGGCCCCAAACUGGUGCCCUUCUUUAAAGCCACUUGUGUCUAUUUUGUCCUCUGGCUGCCAACUUCCAGCCCCUCCUGGUUCAGUGCCCUCAUCAAAUGUCUGCCCAUCUUCUGCCUGUGGGUAUUCCUUCUGGCUCAUGGAAUUAACUUCUUAGUGUCACACCGGAGCGCCAGCCGCAUCCUAGCGGGACUCAUAUUCUCGGCAGUGGGAGACGCCUUUCUCAUCUGGCAGGAACAGGGAUACUUCAUUCAUGGUCUGCUGAUGUUUGCCAUCACACACAUCCUGUACUCUUCAGCCUUCGGCAUGAAGCCUUUGGACCUCAAAGCUGGCUUGUUGAUGGGCCUUGUUUCCAGUUCCUGUUAUGCCUUCCUGUACUCCUACCUCUCGGGCCCAUUCACCUACCUGGUAGCUGUCUACAUCGCCUUGAUUGGCUUCAUGGGCUGGCGAGCAGUGGCUGGUGUGCAGCUGUGCAACGACCUCUGGACAUGGACCAAGCUCUCGGCCUGCAUUGGUGCGAUGCUGUUCAUGGUGUCGGAUCUGACCAUUGCACUUAACGAGUUCUGCUUUCCUGUGCCCUACUCGCGCUUCAUCAUCAUGGCUACUUACUAUGCAGCCCAAAUGCUUAUUGCACUGUCAGCUGUAGAGAGCAGAGAUGAAGAGGACUCCAGAAAGAGGAGCUAGGUGGAGUGCCAAUAGUCUGUGAACAAUGUGGAUUAUAUCUCAGGUGCUGUAGCUGCAUUCACCCCUGAGAGAGAUCUCCAUUUCUCUAGGCACAUUGGUGAUGUUGAUUUUGCUUCUUUGAAGCAUUACCUUUGGGGCUUUUUUUUCAAUGGCUUUCUCUGAAUACAGCUUACUUCACUGUGGAGUCCACAUCAGAAAGCUUAGACUGUCCCUGCAGUAGCUACUCAUUCACGUUUUCCUCCUUGGAAGUGCUGUACUACUGCAUUUCACUUGUUAGUCUUGAAACUGAUGCUGAAUGUCUGGGAAGAGGAAGGCUGAUGGAAAGGAAGUUUGGCCAUGCACUGUGUUAGAAGACUUGCUUUCAAAAGUAGGCAGACAGGCACAGAUAUCUGCUAAAGUCAUAGGUAAAAAUGAAUUUAACCCAUGUUUAUCUCUUUUUGUGCAUUACAAACUUAGUACACUAAUUGGAGCUAUUGCCUCUGCUGAAAGGAUGCCUGAAGAUAGAGUAAACACAGCAAAUCCAGAUGAGGGCUGAGAUUUGGAGUCAGCAACAGCAUGUGGGGCAGCCCCGAGCAGAACCAGAAUGAACGCAAAACACCAAGCACAGUGUAAGAGGUGCUGACAUGCAGAGCUGUGUGCUUUGAUCGCGGCUGAUCACUACUCCAGGGCAGGUCUAUAAGUGCCUGCAUGUGGCAGAACUAGGAGUUUGGUGGGAUUUCAGGGACACGUAGGUAGCCAGGCCAGUGCAUUCUCCCCUGCCAUUUGUGCGCAGUUACAUGGUGUCUGCAGCCACCAGCGACAGCUGACAUGUAAUGGGCACGUGAGGAACUUUGAUUUUUACAGCAGGACUUUGAGCAUGUGUCUUACCAAUGUACGUCCCAGUCCAGUACAGCAGACAGGAGUCUAAUCAUUAUGCCUUUCUUCCUCAGUACCCUAGCAAAUAAUAUAUUAUUUACUCAUUAACCAUUACAGUACUGCUGCUUGCAGUAUCUCUGAAAUCUUUGUGUGAGCAUUUCCUGUUGUCAAGACCAUUUUGAUGUUCUUGUGUUUUGCCAGCUGGUGGUAGACCAUCGGCUUUGCACCACUUGUUUUUGGAAAGCUCCUUUUCAGCAGAGAUUCCUGAAAAUCAUCGUCCUGUAUACUUGAAGUGCCUGCCGCUUCCUUCUCGAACUCACAUGGAUGCAGUGAGAAUGUGAGAGCCAUCAGGGUUGGGAAAGCCUGCUUAAUUCUGAUCCAAAUUCUUUGGUUGGUUUAUCUGCCACUCUGCUGAAACAAGAUUACUUCUGACUUCAGACACUCUUAAAAAGAUAUAGGUAGAAGUUGCCCUGAUUUGUAUCUAAGUUCAUUUGUGAUCAUAUGUAUAUUUUCCCCUCUUAUUUAGGAUAUCUAACAGCAAGCUCUGUUUCUGUUUGAAACUAUCUUGAAUGUGCUUCUUCCUUCUGUCUGUCCUAUGUCCGCUCCCAUGAGCUGAGAUGCUCCCCCAAUGGCUUGUUUUAAGACAUGAGUGCACUCAGGUGUCCAAAGGAAGCUCACUGAGGGUUUCUGCACCUCUUCAAACCUGCAGCCAAAUGAGGACAACCAAAACAGACUGCACGACUCAAAUCCACGUGUGCCCCAACAGCCCCUUGCACAGGCUCACAGGGGCAGAGCGAACAGUAGGGGCAGCCCUCCAGAACAGCCUUCUGGGCUGAAAAUCACCACAGUCUCCAUACCUAGCAUGCCCAGACCAUUCCAGGCGAAAGCCUGGCAACGAGUCCCUGGCACAGUCAGCAGAGAAGAAAUUCUUCUUUGCGAGGAGAGCAGCAGGGUCAGGGGGCAGCUGAGGCUACCAACCCCACUAGCUUUUCCCUUGGUGUUGAGAGGUGUUAAGUGGGUCUCCUGCUCCUCCCCAGCCCUGUGGGGUGGGACAGAGUGUGGAAUAGGCAUUGCCUCCCCACAACUUCUGCAUUAGUGCAAAUGCAGCCAGUAUUACGAAAAUCUAGGUUAACCAUCCUGACCCCAUGGUGUCAUCUGCUGCUUUUCAGACAGAGAUCAGAAAGGUCAGCUGCAUUAUUGAGAGGGGAAGCAUUGUAAAUAGCACAGCCCCAUGUAAUCUCUUCCCUUUAAUGCUGUUGUGUAAUAUUGUCAGCAUCCAUUCACUGGCACACCGGGGCCUGUCUGGAGUAAACUGCUGAGGGAAGUUAGAGCCGUAAAACAUCUUCAUUCAUAAGCAUUGCUUAUCUCCUGGCCACAGCUUGAAGCUUGCAGUGUAGCCCUCUGCAGAUGUCACCUGCUGUUACUCAGCUUGACUUUUUGCAAAUGUCUUCCUACAACAGACUGACCCAGCUAAAAGGAAAUCUAAGCAUUUGGGGUGAACCUCAUUGUCCUCCCAGCAUGUCAGCAAACAGCAUAUUUCAGUCUGGUUUACAUGUCCUUGUCAUGGAGUCAGUCCAACACACUUGAUCCUUAGUUGGCAGUUCUUCAGAGGAGCCCCUUGCACCCUGAGUUUUCCUUUGCUUUGAGGAAAAUGCACGUGAUAAAGUAACCUUUAUUUAGACGUUAGAAUUUUGAUUAUCUUUUUCUUCCCCUCUAGAAAUGAGUAGUCUUCAAUGUCCCGAAGAUGGCCAAGUUGCUUUUCUGUGUGCGUUUUCAUCGUGGCUUGCUUUGUUAUCCUACUCCACCAUCAGCCACUGGAUAUUUGUAGAAAAGGAUCUUCUGAGUGGUAUUAGGAGGCCUGCCCUUUCUUCUCCACUGGCCAUCAGAGGUGCAGUUUCUAGUGGCAGAGGUCUCUGGAUGGCUGUAGCUGUGACAUCAGAAACACGUGCAGCCCACAUGGGCUGUUGUUCACUUGCUGUCUCCUCACCUGGAGCAGGCUUGGAUGGAAAGCAUCCUGGCCGGCCAUGCUGGCUCUAUCUCAGUGCUGCAAUGGCUUCAGCUUUCCCAGAACACGAGGCAGAACCCUCAGCAUACAAAGUCAGGGAGAGUCCUGGCUGGCUAAGCGGUUUGCCGGUUGAGGCUCUCAAUCUUCAAAAUCUCUCUCCUCCUCUGCAUUCCUCCUUUCAAUCCAUAUUACUUGAAUGAGACCAUUUUCCUGGAGGCUCUUUCCUGCUGGGAAGAAACCAGCUGGGAAUUUGACACAAUUCUGAGUUUCAUAAAUGCUGAGAAAUGUUAAGCAGUUGCUGACAGUCUGUUAAAUAUCUUUUCCUGGGGUUAAAACUGUUCCCUCAACCCCAGCGAGGGCAGUCUUCACUUUGAAAGGGAGCAAACAGGAAGUGGGAAUUGCACAACUGUCUGAGGCACUGCCUUUGUGGACCUUCUUUUUGUCUCUUUUCACUGUAAAACUGUGGGGUUUGAUCCAUUCUUCUCCUUUUCAGGGGUACAGUCUUUGAGAAGAACCCAGUCUUUGGCCCAGGGACAUUACCAAGAGAAUGUAGUGUGCCUGGCCCCAGCAGCAUCAGGUCCUUUGCUUGCUAAGUUCUGUUCACACUGCUGUAUUCAAACACCCCUCUGCAAUUCCCAUCUAUUGUCACUUGAGGUUACACACACGGUCCGAUUACUUUUGCUCUCUUUCCUUUCUGUUGUUAUCACCUUCUUGGAGAUUCUUGGGCUCCUUAUUUGGAUGUAUAAGCCAUGUAGCACAUCUGUUUCAGCCCUGUAUUUCUUUCUGUAGAUAGAUCCUCCUCACACAGAACUCUCAAUGAAGACAAUGAAACAAUGCUAAUUGCAACUGGCUUUUAAAUGCUAGUAAUGCUUCUGGGUUCUGCUGGUCACACUGAUGUCAGCAGGGUGAAGCUGCUGCAGAAAUGGCGGGUUGAGAAGAACAAAGCCAGAGGAUUAUAACAGCUUUACUCCUGCUCUGCCAAGAAAAUUGUAUUCAUGCUUAAUACCUGGCUUCUUCUCCAUACUGAGGCAACUGUAGACCAAUUGGUUUAAGAAUAACUCUAACAUGGCUAGCUUCUAGAUUGCUGAAGGUUUCAUGUUAUAAUCAGUUGAGGUAAUUGACAUAUUUUUACACAAGUACAUAAAAUUCCUAGGACAAAAUUUGCAGAAUUUUGUAGCAGCUCUUCAAAGUUUUCCAGUCCCAUAGUUUGACACUAACACCUGUAUGUUUUCAGCUUGCUAUCAUGGUAAUUUUGGGACCUGUUCUGGAAAACGCAGAUCAAAGCAAACAGCAACUGUAAAGCUCAGUGGCAGGUGCCUCUUUCUCUUAGCUUCAUUUCUGGAAACAGACAGGGGCUCUUUUAAGCAGAGGCAUCAUAACUGUGUUCUUGGAAGAGGAUGAGAAGUUGCUGACUUCUCAUUACAGAAGUCCUUCUGGGUACUUCUCCUGCCUUUUAUCCAUGCUUGCUCCUUUUGUGGCCUUGGGUAAGUCACUUAAAUUUUCUGGGGCCAAGUCCUUAUCUGGUGUAAAAAGGCACAAGUGUCAGAGGGACAGUGCUAUGCCAAAUUAUAACAGCAGCGGGCCAGGCCCUCACCCCCUUUCUAAAGAGGGGAUGUUAGCACUUACCUACCUCACAAUGAUGCUGUGAGGAUUAAUGCUCAUACAGCACUUUGAAGAUGUAAAGUGCUAUAUAAUUCCCAAGUAUUAUCCUACCUUAGUGUUAAAAAUGCUUUUAGGGAUCUGCAGGACUCCCCUUAAAGCGUGUGAAUGUGUGACUGCCUUUUCAAUUUGCAUCAGAUGGAAAGCAAAUGCAAAAUAUUUAUUCAUACUGGUUAACAGGAUGGGCUCAGCUACACCUGAACUCUGAAGAAGACUUAGCUUAGAAGUCUGAACUCUAAUUUCAGUUUUGCAAAUGGGUUUUAGUUCUUCUAAAAGCCUCAACCAAAUUCUUCAAUGUGAACCUUGCAUCCAAAUUUUGCAGUCUGACUGUUAGCUAGAAUAAAUCUAAUCCAGCCAAAACAGUGCUGUCACAGUCUUGCUAUGGCUGUUGAAAAGACUGGAAGAGAAAAUGAAGGCAUUCUGUUCAACCUUCAUUCUGCAGAAGGUCAGCUAGGUUUCAUGGGACAGCUUGCAAAGGGAUCUUUAAUUUCUGUGAUUGUAAGUUUUACUGGCUUUAAAAUCAGCAGAGAGGGAAAGCCUUGAUGGAAUCAAUAAGGUUUGUCCAUUCUUAUUGAAUUGCUUUGUUUUCACCUGAGUCAAAGAAAUAGCAGGUUCUGUAGUGAUGGAAGUACUUGUACCACUAGUCCUAGAGCCCAGAAAAGAAGUUGAUCUAGAAAUACAGCUCUAAAUCAUCACCAUAUUCUCAACUAGUGUAAAAAUGUCACUGUUCACUGAUUUAAAAUCUGGACCACAGCUAGAAACGACUUAGUUCUGGUAGCACUAGCUGCUGCACAAACACAAAUGAAGGCAAGGAAUUACACACCAAGGAACGUGAACUGUGCACAUGUGAAAUGGACCAUGAUUUUGAAGCAGCUGCAGUAAAAUCUUAUCUUAAUAUGAACUCAAAAGCAAACACAAUGCAAAUUUUUGUGGUUUCUUUAAAAUGUUUGAUGGGUUUUUGUUUUCUUAGUUUGGAGGAAAUUUUCUUAAUGUUAUUUUAUUUUUGCUCUUAUUAUAAAGAAUAAAAAUAUACAACUCUACAUAGACUACAAAUGAAAAAGGUGGCCAGUUGGCAGGAUUGCCAAAACUACUGUGGCUUGUAUUGUUUCUGUGGUGACACUACGCUGCUGUAGGAUGAGCUGCCGGAGUGGUGUGAUGGCUCCGCAGUGAGGCUGAAGCACAAGGCCAGUCUCAUAUAAAAGGGAUGCAGGGGCUGAGCCACCAGGACUGCAGUGGGAGCACGACUGGGCCAAUUCAGAUCAGUCAAAAGGUGGAGAGAGCAACAGGAAAUAAAAGAAACCUUUUCCUGACAGAUAAAAAGCAAGAAACCAAAGCCAGCCCCUUGGGCGACGGUGCUGAAUCUGUACAAACACAUGAAUCUAGCUCUUGCUUGUGCAGGUUCCUGCUGGACCAAGCCUUGCUCCCAGUUCACCCGGAGAGGCUUGCUCCAGGCCCCCGUGCUGGUAGGGUCAGGCCAGCAGAACCUGAUGCUUUGUUAAAUAAAACUCCAAAAACUAGAAAACAAACAAAAAAGGAAGGAAGGAAAAAGCUAAUGCCAUAGGGUAAGCGGUAGUUUGCCUGACUGGUCUGUCCUGAACACUAAUCUCCACGUCUUGUACCCAUGUGAGCCUCUCGCUCCAGCCCCUCUCCCACGCAUUCCAGGCAGAGUGCAUUGAAAGAUGUGACUGAAGCAGCUGCUCUCCCUUGGAGUCAAGCACUUUGCCACGUCUGAAAGUCUGUACACUUACUUCCUUUAUCGUGAUUGUAAAGGUCACCACAUGCAGUACAGCCACUUGAUCUGGGAUCUUUUCUUAACUCAUUUUUAUGCUGAUUUUACUAUUUUAAUUCUUUAUUUGGAAUGUAUUUUUUUUUCUCAUUUCUUCUGUGUGUAACAGCAAUUAAAAAUAUUAAUUUACUGGGUAUUUUUACUGUGCAGAUA